AUGUCGUGGCGGAAGACCGAGAAGCUGAUGGACACCAUCCGUCAUUAUGCCUCCUUCCCAGCUACCGGCGUCAGCUUGCGCCAGAUGGUCCAAUUCGGCGAGAGACCCUCUGUCGGUACCCUAUUCCGCGCCUCCCAGUUCCUCUCCGAGGAACUUCCCAUAAGACUGGCACACAGGGUCCAGGAGCUCGAGACCCUCCCCGACGGUCUCAGUGAGAUGCCGUCGGUGAAGAAAGUCCAUGACUGGUAUGCACAGUCAUUCGAAGAGAUCACCGACCUCCCACGACCAAAGCUCCCCAAUGACGUGCGAGACAGGCUCAUGCGCCCGAGCAAGUCUCUCGGAAAAGGCCAGAUGCUACCGGAGGCGACACCGAACCCCAGCAUCGAGGAGGGCCAGUAUACCUCGAUGCCACAGGCGAAUGGCAAUGGAAGAGAAAGCUGGGCCAAGAAGUAUCAGGCAGCGCGGCGGUACUUCGCCAUGGUCGACGACAGCGGUGAUUGGCCUCCGGAUCUGCAUCUGUACAACCAGAAGUUUGCACAAACCCUGCACAAGAUCAAGCGGCGUCACGACGGCGUCGUGACCACCAUGGCGCAGGGCAUCCUUGAAUACAAGCGCAAGCGGCAACGCAUGCAGAUCGACGGCACGAUCCAAUCGUUCCUCGAUCGGUUUUACAUGUCGCGCAUCGGUAUCCGCAUGCUCAUCGGCCAGCACAUCGCUCUGACCGACCAGAGCCACUACACGGAUCCAAACUAUGUCGGCAUCAUCUGCACCAAGACCAACGUGCAGGAUCUGGCGCAGGAGGCCAUCGAAAAUGCAAGGUUUGUGUGUGAGGACCACUAUGGCCUGUUCGAAGCGCCCAAGAUCCAGCUCGUGUGUAACCCCAACCUGAACUUCAUGUACGUGCCUGGACAUUUGAGCCACAUGCUUUUCGAGACCCUGAAGAACUCGCUGCGCGCCGUGGUCGAGACGCACGGCCAGGACAAGCAGGAGUUCCCGGUGACCAAGGUGAUCGUGGCCGAGGGCAAGGAGGACAUCACCAUCAAGAUCUCAGAUGAGGGCGGCGGCAUCCCACGCAGCGCGAUACCGCUGGUGUGGACGUACAUGUACACGACCGUCGACAGGACGCCGAGCCUGGACCCCGACUUCGACAAGAGCGACUUCAAGGCGCCGAUGGCGGGUUUCGGCUACGGACUGCCCAUAUCGAGGCUGUAUGCACGAUACUUCGGAGGCGAUCUGAAACUGAUUAGCAUGGAAGGGUACGGCACAGACGUGUACUUGCAUCUUAACAGGUUGUCCAGCUCGUCGGAGCCUUUGCAGUAG